CGCAGGAGCCGGAACUGCUCAGGGAAUGGGUCCAGUGUUUAGUAGUACAGCAUCUGACACAGACAUGGACUGUCAACGUUAGCUGCAGUGUACAUAUUUACGUUGGACCAGGCAGUUUAGAGGUAGAGUUCGUCUGUGACGUCGUGGUAGCUUAAAAAGAAUCCGAAAAAUGAUGCGUUUCAUGCUGCUGUUCAGCCGGCAGGGGAAGCUGCGGCUGCAGAAGUGGUACACAGCCACAGCUGAACGGGACAAGAAGAAGAUGGUCAGGGAGCUGAUGCAGAUAGUGCUGGCCCGCAAACCAAAGAUGUGCAGCUUCCUAGAAUGGAGAGACCUCAAGAUUGUCUAUAAAAGGUAUGCCAGCCUGUAUUUUUGUUGUGCAAUUGAAGAGCAGGACAAUGAGCUGAUCACACUGGAAGUCAUUCACCGCUUUGUAGAGCUGCUGGAUAAAUACUUUGGCAGUGUGUGUGAGCUGGACAUCAUCUUCAACUUUGAGAAGGCCUACUUCAUUCUGGAUGAGUUCCUGAUGGGAGGGGAGAUCCAGGACACAUCUAAGAAGAGCGUCCUCAAAGCCAUUGAACAAGCUGACCUACUGCAGGAGGAAGACGAGUCACCCAGGAGUGUGUUGGAGGAGAUGGGCUUGGCGUAGUACACAGCACCGUUGUGAGAGACUAUAGAUACUAAGGCAGAGGGCUGGAUGAGUGGGGGUGGGAUGGAAUCUGGGAAUGAACAUGCUUGGACUGACAGCACUGGUUCUGUGUAUCUGUGGGCUCUGGGGACUGAUAAACAGUGUUUAACUGAGGAAGAGACUCAGUUAGGACUGGAAGAUCCUUGUGUGUGUCUGUGUGUCUGUGUGUCUGUGUGUCUGUGUGUGUGUGUGUGUGUGUGUGUGUGUGUGUGUGUGUGUGUGUGUGUGUGUGUGUGUGUGUGUGUGAUCUGUGUGUGGCUGCAGGAGGGUUCAGAAUUUUAAAUGGGUGAGAUGGAGUCCAGUUUGCUUAUAAGAGUUAAGAUAAUAACCCACCAUGGAUACUGGCUUUAGAGCCAUACUGAGGCAGGUUUGUAGUUUCGCUGAUGCUUUGAUACAAAUAGCACACUGUUUCAUGGAGUUUGGUCAGAUACUCAGUGUGGGCUUAAGAGUAGGUUGGGGAUUUUGGGAAUAGAAAAAGAGAGAGAAAAAAAACUGGGAAUCACUUAAAGGAUAAGUCUGGUGUUAUUAUAUAUUUUCUUAUUGUAAACAAUUCUCUUGAAGAGACCAAAUCCAACAAUGUGUUAGUCCAUCUCUCAGUACUUCUGACUUCCCUACCCUGUGUGUCGCUCUCAGUCCCAAGCACAUUGGUUCCUACUGAAGAUGUAAAUCUUAAAAAAUAGCUCACAAAUAUAUAGUUUUGUAUUUAAAAAAAACAGCUGGUCACUGUAGUUUUUAACAAAUGUUACUCAAACAGGAGGAAGUAGUGCAUUUCAAGGGGACUGUUUUCAGCGGCGGAUGAAUCCACAUUUGUUGCUUCACAGCACAGAGAAAUAAGAUAUAUCAGGCUUUGGAUACACAC